AUGAGCGAUAGUGACGACGACGUGCCGACGUUAUCCGCUCACACGCUUGCGGCUCUGCGUGAGUUUUACGAGGAGAACCAAGGCAAGAACAUCUGCGAUGUCUCUACGCCCGCCGACCACUUCGCCGUGGGAGCCGUGGAGGAGGACUGGAGGAUGAGUCAAUUCUGGUACACUGACGACACUGCAACACGAUUGGCCGAGGAGCUUGAAGAACAAGCUGGAGAAGGAGGAAGAAUCGCAUGUGUUAGCGCCCCCAGCGUUUACCAGAAGCUAAAGCAGCUCAGCGGUGCCGUAUCGGCAACAGUUUUCGAAUAUGACCGGCGCUUCGCGGUCUACGGCGACGAAUUCGUCUUCUACGACUACAACGAGCCGCUGGGUCCGGCAGAACGCGGCGUGGAACCUUGCAGCUUUGACGUGGUGAUGGUGGACCCUCCUUACCUCUCAGAGGAGUGUCUCAGUAAAGUGGCCCGCACCGUCAAGUACCUGAGCAAAGGAAAAGUUCUGUUGUGCACAGGUGCUGUCAUGGAGAAUGUGGCCAAACAACUCCUGAACGUCGACAUGUGCCGCUUCCUGCCGCAGCACCGCCGCAAUUUGUCCAACGAUUUCCGAUGUUUCGUCAAUUACCCGUCGCGUCUUCUCUCUGGCUGA